AUGGCUGCAAAGUGGGAAAGCGUUGUUGAUGAGAGCAAUGCCUUUCUAUCUGAGGUGCGACAAAUCGAAACCUGGUGGCAAACAGAUCGUCAAAAACACAUCAAGCGGCCGUACUCGGCUGAGUCCAUCGCCGCCCUGCGCAACAUCGGGUUCAAGAUCGAGUAUCCAUCUAGCACACAGGGCCUCAAGUUAUGGCAUAUGCUAAAGGAACACAAUGCCAAUGAUACCUACGACUUGACCUUUGGCACAACAGAUCCCUUGGUUGCCAGAGAAAUGGCCACCUCCAUGAGAACAGUGUACGUUUCCGGCGGACUUGCCGGCCAUGCUCAAGCCAACUUCCCCGGCGAUGACCACGCGGACUACCCGGCUGACCUAGUACCAUCGAUUGUGAAGCGCAUCUUCAACACCCAACUUUUCCAAGACCAGAGUCAAAACCAGCUUCGCAUGAAAUACCCCAAGGAAGAACGCAAACAUCUGGAAUGUAUCGACUACAUGCUUCCUAUAGUUGCAGAUGCAGAUAUGGGCUUUGGAACCCUCACUGGAUGCAUGAAGCUGGUUCGGAACUUUGUCGAGGCUGGCGUCGCCAUGAUCCAUAUUGAUGAUCUCGCCAUGGGUCUCAAGAAGUUCACCAACGGAGAGGGCAGAACUAUCGUGCCGACCUCGGAGUACCUGACAAGAUUGACCGCGGUCAGGAUGACCUUUGAUAUCAUGGGAUGCGAUAGCCAUGGUGCCGAGUUCAUCACGAGUGUAUCAGAUCCCAGAGAUCACCCAUACGUUCUCGGCGCUACCAAUACCGUCCGUCCCUUCGCCGAAAUCAUCAACGAAGCCGCCAAGACUGGGAAACCCUAUUCCACAGCAAAGUCAGAGUGGAAAGCAGCCGCCGGGCUGAUGACCUUCGACGAGGCUGUUCGGGCCAUGGCUACCGAUGACCAAUACAAACUCUACCAAGACAGUGUCGCUGGUAAGGUCGUGGCACUGCGUGAGAGUCGAGCACUCGCAGAGCGUCUGCUUGGACAGAGGGUUGAGUUUGACUGGGAGCUUCCGAGGACAACUCUUGGGCAAUACAUGUGGCAGUGGUCAUCCCGAGCUGUCAUCGACCGGUGCCUCGUUGCUGCGCCCUUGGGGGACCUUUCAUGGAGUCGCCAAGACAUGCACGAAUUCCUCUCAGCUAUUCGAGCAGUUUACCCUGACCGUAUGUUCGCUUUUGGCUUCACUGGGUCCUAUGACUUCUCCAAGGGAGGCUACUCCCCACAGGAGAUUGAGUCUUUCCAUUCCGAUAUCGCCAAAAUGGGCGUCGUAUGGCAGUUCCAGCCCGUCUGGGCCAUGCAAGGUCCCAGUGUACAGACCCGACAGUUCGCAGAUAGAUUUGCCAAGGGGGGCAUGGCGUACUAUAUGCGUGAAGUCGCUACGCCGGCCAUCGCAAGCAUGCCCAAAGACGGCAAAGGCAAUCCCGUUUCGCGCGGGGGUCAUCUAGCUGAUUCUUUCUUCGAUGUAGUAGCAGGGCGAGACAUCAUCUGCCGUGAAUGA